AUGUUCUCUUCCUUCAGUCCAGUGCCAAUAGCUAGAAAUAUAAGACAUUUGCCGUGCAUAACAAGAAGAUCAAACGAAAAAGGGCUCUGCAUGUUCGCCAUGGACUGCCUCAAAUUCAACGGCACAAACUUAGGUACUUGCAUAGACAGGUUCUACUUCGGCUCCUGCUGCCGAGUACCAGACAAAACAGUCUUAACACAAUUUAUUGGUAAUAACAUUGAAGACAAUUCAAUUGAUAGUGCAAAUUUCGUCCAUCCACAUAUAGAAGAAAAAGAACCUGGAGUGAUCAUAGUCCCAGGUCCAUACGGUAAUAAAAAAACCACGACUACUACAACAACAACGACCACAGAAAAAAUUGAAACAACAGUUACUGAAAAAUCUGAAACAGUAGAAGAUAGAACUGACGCUGUUGAUUUAGAAACAAAAUCUGACGAACACACCAUUAUAGAUAAUAAAAUAGACGAUGAAGCAGAACUGACUACACCAAAUGUUGUUGAAAUCACUCCAAAACCUGAAAACAAGAUAACUGAAGCAGUAGUGACUGAAAUGCCAAUAAAAUUAUCCACUUACCAAUCAGUUUCUAGUGGUUCAAGUAACCAAGUUACUAAUAAACCUGAAACAGAAAACGAUGAUGUAACUUUAGUUACAACACCAGCCGUUAAGCCAAAACCAACUAGAAGACCUGUCCGACCAACAUACAAACCCCCACAAAAGCCUUAUAACACCACAAGACCACAAUACACGUUCUCUACUUUCAAACCUAGACCAGUUAAACCUGUCUUUAACACAACGAGGAAACCUCCAUAUAGGCCAGGAACCAAAAGGCCGACUAAAAAGCCUUUGCCAAUUCCUCCUCGAUUAAAUAUAACUAUUCUACCUCAAGCAACUAGCUCAAAACCAGUAUAUGCUCGGCCUUCGUACGUUUCAAUCACUUACAUCAAUACGACUGUUCCAACAACUCAAUCUACCACGACAACAACUCCAAUUCCAUCAACAAAACCAACCACUACCGAAAUUGUAACAGAGAAAGUAAUCGAACCUAUAACCACAUCUACUGAGGUUACGACAGAAGUUGAGAAAACGACUGAUAAACCAACAACAUCUUUUGUUACUGAAACAACAGAAGCAAAUAAAGAAACAACAGUUGAUGUCAGCGAAGCAACAGAAGCAACUAGCUCACCUGCUAUUGCUACGACAACAGAAACUGAGGUAGUUACCGAAACCGAAGCACCCACAUCGCCACUUCUGACAACUUCUACUGAAUCAAUUAAAGAAGUUUCCACGACACCUGAAGAUGUUGCUACAAAAGAACCAGAACGAGUGACAGAAUCUGAUGCGAGUAAACCACUUGUAGAGUUCACAGUGAACGUUACAUUGUCUCCGACCAUCCCAACAACGACGUCUAGCGUAGGCUUAACAACAUUUAGUUCCGUUUCCUCUGACAAUGUCACUGAAAGUGCUACAGUUUCCAACUCUACUGAAGCGUUGAAACCUACACAAGAGACGACUACACUCCCUGACAUGUCAGACUACAAAAGUGUAUGUGGACGUCGCCUUUGGGAAGGGCCGAAAGGCAGAAUCGUCGGCGGCUCAAAUUCAGGCUUUGGACAGUGGCCCUGGCAAAUCUCCCUGAGGCAGUACAGAACUUCGACGUACCUUCAUAAGUGUGGAGCUGCAUUGCUGAAUGAGAACUGGGCGAUUACAGCGGCGCAUUGUGUUGAACACGUACCACCAUCAGAAAUUCUAGUCCGCCUGGGAGAGCACGACCUAGCACAGAGCGAUGAACCAUACGGCUUCGUGGAGCGAAGAGUUCAGAUCGUCGCCAGCCAUCCACACUUCGAUCCGGCCACAUUUGAAUACGACUUAGCUUUAUUAAGGUUCUACGAGCCGGUAACAUUCCAGCCUAACAUUUUACCAAUUUGUGUCCCCGACAAUGAUGAUGACUACGUUGGGCAAACCGCUUACGUCACAGGGUGGGGUAGACUCUUCGAUGAGGGUCCUUUACCAAGCGUUCUACAAGAAGUUCAAGUGCCAAUUAUCAACAACACGGCCUGCGAGGCGAUGUACCAAGCCGCAGGGUACAACGAGCACAUACCCAAUAUAUUCAUAUGUGCGGGGAGGAGCAAAGGGGGGGCUGACAGUUGUGAAGGUGACAGUGGAGGGCCAAUGGUUUUACGCCGCCAACGUGACGACCGUUUCGUCCUUGGUGGGAUCAUUUCCUGGGGAAUCGGUUGUGCGGAACCCAACCAGCCUGGAGUUUACACGCGAAUCUCUGAAUUCAGAGACUGGAUCAAUCAGAUACUACUGUUUUAG